AUGUUGAUUGCGUUACGGUGGUUUGUGUUUUCGCCAUGUUUUUUUAAUGCAUUUUUGUGUUGGACCUGUUUCACCUAUGUCUUUGGAUUGCUGCUUGUGAGCGAGGUGCAUCCCGCUUUGGCAACAUCUUCCCUUUAUAAAGAGCUCACCUGGACAUCUUUUUUAGAAAUGAUCAAGGAGUUGAACAGAAAGUGCUUCAAUGUUCGAGGAGAGAAGGGAGAUUAUAUCUGUUUCGCACUUGACAAGUCUUGUGCAGAUGGACUGUUGUGGAAGAAACUUGCGAGGAUAAAAUGUUUUACUGGGAAUUCGGACUCGCUUCAAGUGAUCCCCAGCAGGGUUCUAAACUUAGACGAGUUUUUAAAUGUGUAUAAUGUACACAAGGAUGCUAUGCAGAAUAUCGACCCAAAAGAAAUGUCCACCAGCAGCUGUAUAUUGAAUGAAAAUGCUGAUAGUGAAGAUCUGUGCUGCAUCUGUAUGGAGAACAGUAAUGAGGUUUUACUGCCAUGUCUCCACUCAUUCUGUGUGGUAUGUGUUGCUCAGGAGAUGGAAUUCCGCCCGCAAUUCAGUUGCCCAAUUUGCAAAGCUCGAAUAAAUCGCCCUCUAGAGGACUCUUGGGAAGUACCAGAUCCUCCAAAUCCUGCAGAAGUUGUCGCAUAUCUCAGCAGAGUAGCUGAACACUCGUAUCACUCAUUCGUACACUUGUCUGUUUGUUAUAUAGCAUAUAUUUUCAUAUGUGGUGGCCGACUUGUACUACUGACGAUUGUCUGA